CUCUAAUCCCUCCACGACGUUGAUUCCGCCCUUCGUAUUUGUACUCGUUAACGUAAACCCAGAUUACCACGCAAAUCCCCAAAAUAAUCCUAAUUUUAUCCUCUAGGGUUUGUGAUCUGAUUCUCAGAUUCUGACCGAUCAACUUCACAAUCUUCUACAAAAAUCCACCAUUCGAUUAGAUUCAGAUCCUAUCACCGUGCUCAAUCGGAAAUGGUUCUAUCGCAGAAGCUUCACGAAGCAUUCAAAGGUACGGUAGAGAGAAUCACAAACCCUAGGACUGUUUCCGCUUUCAAGGAGAAAGGCGUACUUAGCGUUAACGAAUUCGUCAUCGCCGGCGACAAUUUAGUCUCCAAAUGCCCUACCUGGUCAUGGGAAUCAGGUGAUCCAAACAAGAGGAAGUCGUACUUGCCAGCUGAUAAACAGUUUUUGAUUACUAGAAAUGUUCCUUGUUUGCGAAGAGUUGCAUCAAUACAAGAAGAAUAUGAAGCUGCUGGUGGUGAGAUAUUGCUUGACGAUGAAGAUAACGAUGGCUGGCUGGCUACUCAUGGACAACCAAAAGAUACCAAGGGUGAUGAGGAUGAGGAUGUGCCUUCAAUGGAAACCCUAGAAAUAAGCAAGAAGAAUACAAUCCAGUCAAUUCCAUCAUAUUUCGGCACCGAGGAAGAUGAUGACAUCCCUGACAUGGAAGAAUUUGAAGAACCCGACAACCUUAUUGAGGCUGAUCCUGCAACGCUUCAGCCUACAUAUCUUGUUGCUCAUGAGCCUGAUGAUGAUAAUAUUCUAAGAACUCGAACUUAUGAUGUCAGCAUCACGUAUGACAAAUAUUAUCAAACUCCUCGUGUUUGGCUUACAGGUUAUGAUGAGUCAAGGAUGCUUCUUGAGCCAGAGUUGGUUCUAGAAGAUGUCAGUCAAGAUCAUGCUCGCAAAACGGUAACUAUUGAAGACCAUCCACACUUAUCUGGAAAACAUGCAUCUGUACAUCCAUGCAAACAUGCAGCUGUGAUGAAGAAACUAAUUGAGCCCUUAAUAGCUGCAGGACUUGAACCACAAGUUGACAAGUACCUGUUCUUAUUCUUGAAGUUUGUUGCUACUGUAAUUCCAACCAUUGAAUAUGAUUACACCAUGGACUUUGACCUUGGGAGCUCCAGUACCUGAUUUGUAAACAAUCUCCUACGCCGCUGAGGCCUGAGGCCACACAAUACUGCUUGAAAGGUUACAAGUGGAGAUGGACUCGAGAAAUGGUGCAAAGCUAGAGUGAUAUGAAGUGGUGUUGUAUUGUUUACCUGCUGGGUGUUUGGUUCAUUGUAUAUAGUGUCAUUUGCAGCAAAAAAAAAAAAAAAAAAAAAAAAAAAAAAUCUAAGUAAAUGAAGUCGUGAAGUGUAAAUUGCUGGAAAAGUUAUAUUUGAUUUCCCUUUUUAUUUGGGAGUGUUAAGAAGUGGUGGUGUUGUCUUGUGUUGUGUAUAAUGAAGAAGGUAACUUGUGAAUCCAUGGUAUGUGUAAUGUAAAUCAACCCAGAGCCUUCUGUCUUGGCGAGGAAUGCUUAAGCCUUGAAGAUCGGGUUGAAUCUAGGAAUGGCUGAACACAAUUUAUAUACUUGUUUAACCUAGCUAUCUGAACCAGUCAAAUCGGUCAACGGGUUGUUAAUGGUUUGUGAUCAAGUUGUAAAUGAGUUGAAACGGGUCA